UAGCAGCAGAAGAAAUCAUUACAAACAGGUGUGUUUGUCUCACAGAGCUGCCAGCUGAUCCUGUUGGUUUGGAGGCCAGCAGUCGCCCACAUCUCUCAGCUGGGAUCUUUCCCCCCCCCAUGAGUCAUCUUGAGUUGUCGUCGUCGUCCUUGUUGUUGUUGUUGUUCUCCAGCUCAUGCAGUUCUUCCCUUCUUCUCGUCUCUCUGCAGAUAUUGACAUGAAGAAAGACAUUGAGACUCUUAUAGCAGAGGAACGCGCUGAUAUCAUCUUGAAAUAUGCUACGGGCAGGCAGGGCGGGGUGCAGAUCGACCCCUGGGAAGAUGCCGACUACAGUAUCUACAAGGUCAUCGACCGCUUCGGCUUCAUGCAUGAGGACGAGCUGCCGGCCGUGACUGCACAUGAGGAAAAGAGGAAGCAGCUGGAGAUCGAGCGCGCGGAGAAGUGGCUUAAGAUGGUGAAGAAGUGGGACAAAUACAAGAACAGUGACAGGAUGGUGAAGCGGGUGUACAAGGGCCUUCCCCUGCAGCUGCGGGGCCGGGCCUGGGCCCUGAUGCUGGACGUGGAGCGGGCCAAGAACGACAACCAGGGAAAAUACGAGAGAAUGAAGGAGCAGGCCCGGCGGUACUCGUCCGAGAUCAAACAGAUCGACCUGGACAUCAACCGGACCUUUCGGAACCACAUCAUGUUCACGGAUCGCUUUGGAGUCAAGCAGCAGGCUCUUUUCCAUGUCCUCUCUGCAUAUUCAGUCUACAACACAGAGGUGAGCUACUGCCAGGGCAUGAGUCAGAUCGCCGCCCUGCUGCUGAUGUACAUGAACGAGGAGGACGCCUUCUGGGCGCUGUCGCAGCUGCUGACCAAUCAGAAGCACGGCAUGCACGGGUUUUUUGUUCCCGGGUUCCCCAAACUUCAGCGAUUCCAGGCACAUCAUGAUCAGAUCAUUUCCAAACUCGUCCCCAAGCUGAAGAAACAUCUGGUGCAGCCGUCGCGGCUGUCGGAGGGUGGAGCCUCCUUUUCUUUGCUUGUCAGCUGGUCAGUGAAGAGAAACGGAAAACUGCUAGUGGUUCACCAAGCGUCCAACGCUGGGAAACGGUGCGAUCCCUGCCGCAUAAAACGCCACCGUGGACACGAGCCAUACGGGUCUGACAACGUUUUGGCGUUCUUGCAGACGCCGUUCACACUGACCCUUCGGCUGUGGGACAUCUUCAUCCUGGAGGGAGAGAGGCUCCUCACCGCCAUGUCCUACACCAUCCUGAAGAUACACAAGAAGCGUCUGUUGAAGAUGUCUCUGGAGGAUCUCCGAGAGUUCCUGCAGGAGAGGAUCUCUCAGACCUUCUUCCACAGUGACGACGUGAUCAUCGAGCAGCUUCAGGCCUCCAUGACCGAACUGAGGAAGAUGAAGCUGGACCUUCCUCCCCCAGGCAAGCCUGAUGAGUUGCCCCGUAAGCCUCUGGGCCAGGAGCCGCCGGUGCUGCUGAGUCCGGUUCAGCCCUGCAGAGGGAAGCCGUCCUCCGCCAGCGGGCUCCCCAGAGCGGGGGGGGGCCUGAGCCUCCACAUCAUCUCCCACCAGCCAGACUCCAUCUCCCCAGACCAGAGCCCCUCCAAAGACCCCAGGGAUCUGGACGCUGUGGACGACGAAGAGGAGGAGGAGGCCCCGCUGCCUUCCCCAGACCCCAUCAUCAUCCACAGCCGGGCGCCACUCACCCCCGAUGGCUCCCCGCUGACGGGGCCCCCACCUUACCGGCCCCCGGGGGGCGAAGAAGUAGAUAACAUGAAACGGCAGAUUUCAGACGCCUCCACAGAGGAGGACUCCUCUGCUGCCAACCCUGACCGAUCCUCCAGCACGCUCCCGCGGACGCUUUUGGCGCCCGUGGCCCAGGCGGCCUCGCCGGCUCUGGGCCCGUCCCAGUCAGAGAGCCUGUCGGCAGCAGAGAGGGCCGAGGACCGUUACCUGGCCCGGCUGCUGGAGCAGGCCUCGGCUCUGCCCGCCAACAGGAACCCCAAACAGAACCAGGACUCGAGCGAAGCGUCGGGAGAAAGCACGCGCUUCGGACAUUUCAUGAAAUGAGCAGAUUUAUGGUAGAGCCUAGACCGCACCCGAUGAACGCCAAGGUCAACACAGAGCGUACUGCACAGGCGUCAACACUAAGGGCUCCUGACCUGUACACUGGCUGCGUGAGCGUGGCGUGAGCGUGUCAGCUGCGUGGCGUGUCCGAUUAUAUUUCGGCUCCCAUGGUAACAGGUUAGAGCUUCCACACCGCUUGUGUGACACGCAAGCAGUGUGGAAGCGUUACCAGGCAAAAUAGAAUAUGAAAAGAUGUUUAUACAGUACAGGCCAAAAGUUUGGACACACCUUCUCAUUCAAAUGUGU